GCUACCGGUUGGAAACCAGCAGCCACGUGAGGGGCGUACAGGCGAGCGUGAGGCGGUCUGCGGCUGUACUGUGAAAUAAUCUGAAACAAACACAGGACGGUGUCCUAAUACCGACAAAAAUGUCUUCAUUCAGAAAAGCUCUGAAAUCCAAUCAGCGGGAUCACAAAGAGCGAUCUCAGCCGGGAUUCAGGAAGCAUUUAGGACUCUUGGAGAAGAAGAAGGACUACAAACUUCGCGCAGAUGACUACCAUCGUAAACAGAAAACACUUAAUGCCUUACGUAAGAAGGCGAUGUGCAAGAACCCAGAUGAAUUCUACUUUAAAAUGGUCCAUUCUCAACUGCAGGAUGGAGUCCAUGUCAUUAAAGAUAAACAAGAAGAGAUGACUGAGGAACAGAAGAAAAUCAUGAGGACUCAGGACAUCAGAUAUGUGGAAAUGAAAAGGGUGGCAGAGGCUAAGAAAAUUGAAAGACUGAAGUCUGAGCUGCAUCUUCUGGAUGCAGAUGGUAAACAAAAUAAACACACCUUUUUUGUGGACACAAAAAAAGAAGUGGAGGAUUUUGACCUGGCCACACACCUGAACACAGUGCCCGAGUUGGUGGAAAGAGCCUAUAACAGGCCAACACUGGACACCCUGGUGAACAAGAGGGUUCUAGGAGCUGUGGCGCCACAGAAAGUAAAGAGACUGGCUAAGAAGCGGAGACGUCAGUAUGAUGAACUCUGUCAGCGUAUUGACAGAGAGAAGAAGAUGUUUGUCAUCACUCAGAAGAUCCAGACUCGCAAAGACCUUCAAGACAAGAACAAGAAAGUGAAAGUCCAGAAGGAGACCACCUCUGCCCCUGCUGUCUAUAAAUUUGAGGCCAAGAGAAAAAGAUAAAGUUAUUUUCCAGAUAUGUUUUACUUCUAGGAAAGACUUUACAUGCUUGAAACAAAACGGCUCACUCCACUGCCCCCUAGUCUAAAGCCUUUUUUAACACCAGUUGUGACUCAAACCUAAUUUCAUCUCAGUGAUCGUUCCAUGUAGGUGUGCGUUAUGCAAAGUCUUUUGGGUAAGUGGCAUGACAGUUGUCUGGAGAUUUGUUUUCAUAAACUGUAAUCUUCAUGUUUGAAUGCUGCUAUUCAUUUUCUUUCCUCUCUAAUCAUAUUUGUUGUAUAUAUUUAUGCAAAGAGAGUUUGUGGCAUGGUUGUGAUUUGUACGGAAAUAAAUCUUGGUGUAAAAAAAAAAAAAAAA